AUGGGGAUCAGCAACACAGACAAUACCCUAAUUACCACAGCAUUCCAGGAUCUGUUCUCAACUCUCAGCACAUGGGAACCAAAUGGCAACUUGCUGCUUGAUAUCAGUGUUCACUCUCCCAGUGACUCAGAACACUGGUUCAAAUAUCUGACCUUUGGGCCUGAUAUCCCCUCUGAUGAGUGUGACCUGGGUCUAUGCACAGAGCAGUCAAUGCUGGCCAAACUUGAUGACCACCAGCAUGGUUGGAUUGCUGGGAGUCAAAUUUCCACUCCGUCCACAGCUGGUAUCCACAAAGUUUUUGAUGAAAUCAUGGGUGAAGGACCAUUUGAUGAUGACAAACAGGAAAACCAGUGGUGGCAGCAACUGCCAUUAGUCCCAGUAGUAACAGGUGUGCUUCUACGUCAACAGACCCGCCGACGGUGGAAGCCAGGUGCAUUAGCACAGAUGUUUGCCCGUCUUCCAAGACUCCAGGAGAUUCACUACGAGCCUUGGAGGGAAUGGUAUGAUACUCAGCAGCGGUGGACAGAUCAAGCUUUCCGACCACUUUUUGAAUCGCUCGCUUCUAGCAAACUACGAAGACUCAUACUCUUCGAGAAUUUCAAUCCACAGUACGCGCUAGCUUUUAAGGGUAAUGCUGAUGGUUGCAACCCUAUUCGAAUCCCGACCUCGGAUGUCAGCUGGGCGGUCGCCAAAGCCAGUCUCAAGCUUGAGCACCUCUCAGCAUCAUUUAUUGUGGAUGCCAGCUAUUUCUUCCAUGCUUGUAAACCUUCCUGGAAGUGGCCCAGCUUGACUUCACUUGCGCUGACUUCACAACUGCUCACACCUGAUGAGAGCCCAAUCAAGAUUGAUAACAUGCUUCAGGCAGCGGCAGCAGUGGCCAUGAAAAUGCCAAAUCUUAAAUCAAUGGAGAUAUGGAAUGGACGAGAGGGAUUGGCAAUGCUCUUCAGAUACCAGCUAACUGGGGAAGGGCAGCCUGCCGUGAUAACCUGGAGAGGAACAUGGGAAUUCACCCUGCGACCUCCUGUGGUCCAGGCUUGGGAAGCCGUGGCAUUGGAGCAUUGUGGUCACAGAUCCAUUAUUAUUGUCAAGGAGUUGCUGGAUGCUGGUGUUGUUGUCAAGUCUCAUGGUGAUGCAAUCCACCAUUUGAAGCUUUUAAACCCUGUAAUUCGGCCCCUUUCGUUACAACAGAUUCAGAUGGAGCACAGGAUUCGUGCGGGAGUACAUAACUGGUAG